AUGGCCUCCGGUAAAAAGACUGUUCUCAUCUCUGGCAGCACCCGAGGCAUUGGACUUACGUUCGUCGAGCACUAUGUAAAAGCUGGUUGGAAUGUCAUUGGAACAGCUCGUGCUAGCAGCAACACGGACAAGCUGAAAGCACUUGGCCCUUACAAGAUCGUCACAAUGGACACGGCUGACGAGGCUUCAAUCCUUGAGGCUGCUCGUCAGUUGGAAGGGCAGCCUAUUGAUCUACUGAUCAAUAAUGCAGGCAUUUGUGGCUUUGGUACACUUAAGACCUCCACAAAGGAACUUAUGAUGAGUCAAUUCGAGGUGAAUGCCGUCGGUUCUUUCCUUGUCACGCGUGCGUUGCUACCUAAUCUAGAGCUCGCUGCCAAGGCCAAUGGCAGUGCCAGUGUUGUGCAACUUUCAUCGUUCCUCGGCAGUAUCGGCGGAUACACAGACGCUACUCAAGGCUUUUACAAUACGGUUGCCUACGGUUACUCACCUUCCAAGAGUGCGCUUAACAUGGUUACUCGCUCUCUGUCGAUGGAUCUGAAAUCGAGCAACAUUGUAGUCGUCGCAGUGCAUCCUGGAUUGGUGGACACGGACAUGACUGGUGUGUGGCGGCCAUGA